UGUGUGUGUGUGUGUGUGUUGCCAAGAGAAUGCGGUGUAAGGAGGUCAGAUGCCGCAGGUCUCGUGUGCUUUAAUUAAAGUCAGUUUGACGUCUUAUUGAAUGUGACAAGAAAUGAAUAAACCCAAAAUGGCGGCAGAAAAAAGUGCUUCCCGGGUGCUGAUGGUGCUGAGUCAGCUGGAAAGACUGAACGAGGAGCAUAAAGUCUCUGAUAAUGACGCCAUCCGGCAGACCACAGGCAAAAUCCUUCACCUCAUCCAGACUCAAGAGAAGACCUGUAGGGAGGUGACAUCUAAAGGCUCUGGCGGGAUGGAGGUCAUUCUGUCGUCUCUGGAGAAUACACAGGACAUGCAGACCACUCUCAAUAUCCUCGCUAUCUUGAAUGAACUGUUGACUGUGGGUGGAGGCCGCAGGACCGGGGUGUUUGUGUCUAAAGGAGGAACAGCCAUUCUGCUGCAGCUGCUGGUGAGCUCCAGCAAAGACCCUCCGGCCAAUGAGGAACUAAUGCUUCACAUUCACUCUCUACUGAGCAAAGUCGGCCUCAAAGUUCCCAGUGACAUCACUUCCUCUUCAGACAGGAAGUUUGGCGUAAAAGCGCAUCUGAACGGGGCUCUGAAUGUGACUUUGAAUCUAGUGAAGCAUAAUCUGCAGAACUACAAGCUGUUGCUGCCGUGCCUUCAGGUGCUUCGGGUCUACUCAAGCAACUUGGUAAAUGCAGUGUCGCUGGGAAAGAGUGGCGCUUUGGAGAUCAUGUUCGAAAUCAUCGGACCCUUCGGCAAAAAGAGCACCACUCUGCUGAAGGUGGCUUUGGACACACUGGCGGCAUUACUGAAGUCUGGAAUGAAUGCCUGUCGGGCAGUGGACAGAGGAUACCUUCCCACGCUACUCGCAAUCUACCAAGAUUGGCACCGCAAUGAUACACGCCACUGCCAUGUGGUCAUCCGCAAGAGCAUUCUGGGAUGCAUCAAAAACCUCACUAACAUUAAGCUUGGCAGGAAGGCCUUAAUUGAUGCCAAUGGGAUGAGGAUCCUUUACAACACAUCCACUGAGUGCCUGCCUGUCCGGACACUGGAUCCACUGGUCAAUACCUCCAGCCUAAUUAUGAGGAAGUGCUUUCCAAAGAACCGCCUACCACUGCCUACUAUUAAAAGUGUCUUUCACCACCUGCUACCACACAUACCAGCUGGUGGACCAGUGGCGCAGCUGUACAACCAGCCGCCUGGAGUGGAUGAUGUAGUUGAUGAGAAUGAAGCCACGGAGGUCGACACAGAAAAUGACACGGAAUAUGAGGAGGACGAAACCGGUCACAAAACACAGAAUGAUGAUGACAUAGAGACAGAUAUCAGAAAACUGCGGCCCAUACAGGUGAAUACACGUCCGUUCGAUGAGCUCAGAGCCUACGAGUAUUUCUGUCGGGAAUUCAGUGAGAAUUUUGAGGAGGAUGACUUUGAAAGCCCCAGAUCCAUCAACCCUCCAUCAAGCGUUAACUCAGAGCUUCAUCGUCCCAUCAUCAUUCCCACCACGCCGAGCUCCUUGGGGCCUCAAAACAGACGUCCACUGCGAGAGGACCUUCUGACGCCCAAGUCAGAUGAAUCACCUCUGGAGCUGGACAGCAUUUCCAUAUCAAAAAGGCCAGAGGGCACAGCGGACCCCGAUCUGGUCUGUAGUUUGGGCCGCCUGGUUCUAGAUGCUGGCGUGAAUGGAGACUCUGUGGAUGGGCCUCAGGAGGAGGGCGGGGAGCAAGCGGUGCUGGAAGUGCCAGACACCGCAGCACUGCUGCCGCUGCACGACCCUGACCUUUACUUAGAGAUGGUGAAGAGCACCCGCUCAGUACCCGCCUACACAGAAGUGGCUUAUCCAGAUUACUUUGGGCAUGUGGCUCCCAACCUCCGCGAGCCCAUUCUAGAGAGGGUUUAUGGUGUGCAGAGAACGAAGAUUUUCCAGGACAUUGAGAGGCUCAUUCAUUCCAGUGACAUCCUCGAUAAAGUCGUGUAUGACUUGGACAAUCAGAGUUGUCCAGUCAUUGACAACGGCGAGUCUCUGAAGUUCAACUCUAAGUUUGAGUCUGGAAACCUACGGAAAGCAGUACAAGUCAGAAAGUUUGAGUAUGACUUGAUCUUGAACUCCGAUAUCAAUAGUAAUCACUACCACCAGUGGUUCUAUUUCGAGGUGGGCAAUAUGCGUCCUGGAGUUCGUUAUCAAUUCAACAUAAUCAACUGUGAGAAGUCCAACAGCCAAUUCAAUUAUGGUAUGCAAGUGCUCAUGUACUCUGUACAGGGCGCCAUCAACGGCAGCCCCCAUUGGGUUAGAACAGGAUCGGACAUCUGUUACUACAAGAAUCAUUUCUCACGAAGCUCCAUUGCAGCCGGGGGUCAAAAGGGCAAAUCGUACUUCACCUUGACCUUCACUGUGACCUUUCAGCAUAAAGAUGAUGUUUGCUACUUUGCCUACCAUUACCCAUACACCUGCUCAAUGCUGAAGAUGCAUCUGCAGAAGUUGAGUGCUUUGCGUACUGCUCAGAUCUACUACAGACAGGAUGAUCUGUGUGAAACGCUGGGAGGAAACAGCUGUCCCCUGCUCACCAUCACAGCCAUGCCAGAAUCCUCCAGCAAUGACCACAUCAGCCAGUUCAAAAGCCGUCCAGUGGUGUUUCUGUCUGCGCGGGUGCAUCCUGGAGAGACUAACUCUAGCUGGGUGAUGAAGGGCACUCUAGAGUUUCUCAUGAGCUGCAGUCCUCAAGCCCAAAGUCUACGAGAGAGCUACAUCUUCAAAAUCAUCCCCAUGCUCAACCCUGAUGGCGUCAUCAAUGGAAAUCAUCGUUGUUCUCUGAGUGGGGAGGAUCUGAACAGACAGUGGCAGAGCCCCAAUGCCGAGCUGCACCCCACCAUCUACCACGCCAAGAGUCUCCUGCAGUACCUCAGAGCUACAGGAAGAACUCCUCUGGUGUUCUGCGACUAUCACGGCCAUUAA